AUGCCCUACCCGCGGCCCGUUUCUCCAGUCACUUUCGAAUCAUGUUCACCUCUGGCCUCUGAUAUAGACUCGGACGACCUGUUAGGCUCCGAUGAUGAGUUGGAAGAUUCAGCGCGCGCUGCGAAACGGCAGAGAAUCGAGAAGCUCGCUGAGUCAUACCUUCGAGGACAGCCUCUGUUUAUUCUCUCUGCAUCUCUUCGCGGGCCGUUCGACGAGGGCUGGAGGAACCCAUGGACCAAGAAACGGAAAACAGUGGCCGAUACGGAGCCAUCAGGGGUCAGGCCAGAUGGUCACGUACGAGAGGCGGAGCCCGUGAUACAAGAAACGGCCUCGUUACGGCCGAAGUACAGAGAGGACUUAUCGGUUUCUCGUCCCUCGGUUGAUGCAUCUCUUGCAGAGACUUCCACUGUGGUCUCUGUCCAGGGUCCGAAAUCCUCUUUCGUUGUCGGGUCCGCUCACAAGAGACCCUUCCAGCAUGCAGCAGCUGAUCAAGAAAAUCGAGCUGCACCCCGCUCAGCGAGGAAACCACAACAGGCCUCUUCCAUGAGUUUAUCAACAAGCGAUACGACGUUUACUGGAGACGGUCCAACCAAGUGGCUAAAGAAAGACCGAAAGUCCAUGAACUUUGCGCGAUUCGAGCCGCCUAGUUCGCCGACUCCAGAGAUGACAUCUAGGCAGUCUGGAGAUACGUCUCGGACGAGUGUGCCUCGUUCAGUUAGUGGGCAGGCUUCAAAACCUUCUGCUUUGCAGACUCCCAAGAUAUUCACUGUGCCCGAGCAGCCAAAUAUGGACACCGCUGCCCAUAUAUCGCCGCGAUCUGCUCAAACGGCUGUUCCAGCCACUUAUCAGCCUUCUGGAGUCUCCAAGCGAUCGCCUCAUAAAGAACAAACAUCUCCGAAGAAAACGGGACAUGCGGCUACGUCUUUCCAUGUGGUCAACUCGUCAUCUCAACUGCCGCGGUUUGAGUAUCGUCGUUGGCAUCUAGACUCAAGCUCACAUGCAGAGUCAAAGUCUCCUGGUAGAAAACCCUUAGAGUCACCUCAACCCGCAGAAGCUGUCAACGAGCAAGAUGAAGAUACUGCUAUGCCAGAUGCUCUCGAGCCGGCCAAUGAGCCCUUGGCUGACAACGGCGCAAAGGAAACAGAUCAAUCCAUUCGUCGAUCAAAGGAUCUGAGAUUUGUCGAUAUUGAAGCAUCCAAAUCUACAGUAACAUACCCGCAGGUACCAACUGAACACAACACUUAUGAUACUUUGCCAUCUGCGCAAGAAAUACCUCCCCCUCCCGGUAUAUCAGACCGCAUGCCAUCAUUGCACUCAACGGCAAUGCCCAAAACAGACACUGAACACAACGGCGAUACCAGUCCCGACACUCAACUAUCGACACAGGCUGCCUUGCUUCAUGCGCAGAAGUCGUUUCAGGAUGACUUGGAGAGCCCUGAACAGGAGCACGGCAAAACACCAGCCCAACCACGACCCCAGUCUCCUUCCGGCGACGACUCCGUACUCCUGGCGCAAGAGACACCAAUUUAUCGACCCAACGCCACAGAAAAAUUUCUGUUACAAGGCUCCAGGCAAAUCGUCAGAGACAGGAUGCAAGCUAUGAGCACGCAGUGCUUGAUCGACGCGGCUACACCUUUCGCCUUCAGUACGGAGAAGAAAGCUCAAGCUCACCGUCCGAUGUCACCGCAAGAAACAAGCCCUCGGGAACCUGAAAUGGCACAACUAGAAGCAAGCCCGUUACAAUCUCCCGAUGGGUCCCUGCCGUCUCCAGAAAAUGCUUACGAGACGGCCCGAUCAGGCCCUGGCACCUCCAGCCGACAUGAAUGUGAAAGGCGAACUGAACAAGCGCCUGCUCAUCCACCCACUACUCAGGGUACUGCUUUACCCUUUGAUCUGAGUGGAGACACGCCUGCAACGGCCCAGGAUGGCCAAGGUGGCGAUAGCUUCCCCCUCAGCCAGGCAAUUGCCGAUCUGGGCAGUUGGUUAAGGCAGAGCUCCGACUUUCUUAAGGAACUUCGACCUUCUAGCCAGAGUAGAAGAGGAAAAUCGCCUGAGGAUACGCCCGCAUCUGCUUGGAAUCUUGAUAUGACUCGUUAG